AUGUUGAACAAGCUGCAAGGCCAGCCUGACAGUUACGAGAAGAAAGCACAGUAUCGAUUUGGAAAGACUCUUGGUGCAGGCACGUACGGCAUCGUUCGAGAAGCCGAAGUGAGUGGGGACAAGGUUGCAGUCAAGAUCAUCCUCAAAAAAAGCGUGAAAGGCAAUGAACAAAUGGUCUACGAUGAGUUGAACAUGCUUCGGACUCUUGACCAUCCUCAUAUUGUCAAGUUUGUGGACUGGUUCGAGUCAAGAGACAAGUUCUAUAUCGUGACCCAGCUUGCUACCGGAGGUGAACUCUUCGACCGGAUUUGCGAUAAGGGCAAAUUCACGGAGAAGGAUGCGUCGCAGACCAUCAAGCAGGUCCUUGAGGCUGUCGAUUAUCUUCAUGAACGAAAUAUCGUUCACAGAGACCUCAAGCCUGAAAAUCUCCUCUAUCUGACCAAGGAUCCCAACUCCCAAUUGGUUCUUGCCGACUUUGGCAUUGCCAAAGCGCUCGAUAGCCCAGGUGCAGUCCUGACAUCUAUGGCUGGAUCAUUUGGUUAUGCUGCUCCGGAAGUCAUGCUUAAGCAGGGGCACGGCAAACCGGUGGACAUGUGGUCUCUGGGCGUCAUCACCUACACGCUUCUCUGCGGCUAUUCUCCCUUUCGAUCGGAAAAUCUCGCAGAUCUGAUAGACGAAUGCAAGAGCGGUCGUAUCAUCUUCCAUGAAAGAUACUGGAAGGAUGUCAGUAAAGACGCCAAAGGUUUCAUAAUGAGUCUCCUACAACCAGAUCCCAAACGACGCGCCACCAGCAAAGAAGCACUCAAGCACAUCUGGCUGACCGGCGAGACUGCCUCAGAGCAUGAUCUCUUGCCAGAGAUCCGAUCCUAUUUGGCGAAGAUGAAAUUGAAACGUGGUAUUGAACUGGUCAAACUGGCCAACCGGAUCGAUGCUCUCAAGAUGCUCGACGACGAGGAUCCUGGGUCCCCCGAUGCCAACGAUAUACCUGCCAACGCACAAAAUGCGGCCGGACUGGCAGUCAAGAACCAUGUCAGAGGUGUGUCUCCUGGCCGAGGUCUUGCAACGAGCGAUGGCCCUGAGAAGAGAACUCUAAGUAAUGCGGCAAAGAGUGCCAUUUUCCGAGAGGUGGUGCUGGCCAAAGUAAGAGAGAUGAAGGACAAGGAGCAGACCGAUAAGCUGGUAGCCGAGGUCACGAAAGAACAUGAGCGCAGGAAGAGCUUUUCGGGGCAAAAGUAA